GCCAACUUCACUGGUUUUGGGUUUUGUACGUAAUUCAUCUGACAAAUUCAGCAAUACCAAACUGAAUUGAACCAUACCCCUUGGUGGGAAGAAGUCUUUGAAGUACAAUCAAGGUGCAACCAUGCAUAAUGUGCUGACCUUAUCUGUCACCUGUCCAGGUAUAAGCAGCUCUUCUUGGAGGUAAAGUAGGGCCACCCAAACCAAAAUCCGCACCAUGGGCAGGAAGGAAGAGGAAUUUGGUUACUUGUUAGACAACAAUGCAGCCAACACAGAAGUUCAUACAAAGACCGGUAGCACUGACCAAUGCAGCCAACACAGCUCCACGGAGACGCACAAGUCGCUCGAGUCAACUUACCUUGGUAGCGAUGACGACGAAGUUCGAAGAAGUCAAGCUGGUCAGAGCUGCGACUACGGAGAAGAAGAGGGUCACCUGGUCUACCACAUUGGCCUAGUGCUUGAGGAACGCUAUGAGGUGGUCUCUACACUGGGAGCAGGUGCCUUUGGAAAGGUUGUGGAAUGUUUUGAUCGUGACAAGGGCUUGCGUGCAGCAGUGAAGAUUGUGCGGAAGUUCGAAAGCUUCUGUGAAGUGGCAAAGUCCGAGAUCGCAGUCCUGGAAGAGAUCAACAUGUUGGACGACGACAACAGAUUCGCCUGUGUCCGGAUGCUGGAGUGGUUCGAGCACCAGGGCCACGUGUGUAUGGUGUUUGAACUGCUGGGCCUCAGCACCUAUGAGGUCCUUUGCCAGACUGACUUCCUGCCGUACAGCGUGGACCAGAUCCGAGACAUGGCCUUCCAGAUCUUUAAAGCCGUCAGCUUCCUGCAUCGUAAUAAGUUGACCCACACUGACCUAAAACCAGAGAACAUCCUGUUUGUGUGCUCUGACUACAACCUGGAGUACAACAACGACACGAAACGUGACGAAAGGAGGAUGAGGAGUCUGGACGUUAAGGUGGUGGAUUUUGGAACCGCCACAUUCGACCAUGAACACCAUCAAUCGCUGGUGUCGACUCGCCACUAUCGAGCUCCGGAGAUCAUACUAGAUCUCGGCUGGAAUCAGUCAUGUGAUGUUUGGAGUUUGGCCUGCGUUCUCAUGGAGUACUAUCUUGGACAGACACUCUUCCCGACCCACGACAGUAAAGAACAUCUCGCCAUGAUGGAGAAAAUCAUAGGACCAAUCCCUCCGCAUCUGCUGAAACUCACCAGUAAACAACACUACGUACACAACCAGCGACUGGACUUCGACGAGAACAGCCCCUCUGGUGAAUACGUCAGGAAACACUGCAAACCUCUUAAGCACAUGCAGAGGAAGAGCGAGGGCGAGCGGCAGCUGUUCGACCUGCUCGGCUGCAUGCUGGAGUACGACGUGAGCAGGCGCAUCACCCUGGAGGAGGCGCUGUGGCACCCCUUCUUCAGCCCCAUGAGGACGCAGAAGAAGAAGCGAAGCUAACGCACGCACAGAAACCCAUUCAACAUCUACCUCAACCUGCCGCGUCUCAAUAUCGAUUUAUUGCACCUGGGGAUAGGCUGAUUGGCAACACUAAAUUGUCCCUAGUGUGUGAGUGUGAAUGUUAUCUGUGUGUUGGUCCUGCUGGGAUAGGUUCUGGCAACCCCGAGAGGGACAAGCGGUAGAAAAUGGAUGGAUGAUGAUAUUAGCAUUCCUGUCACUUACUGACAUCAGGUCGUCACAUUUAGCAUACAGAAAAAUUUAAAGACGCUUUAUUAAAAAACAAUCCAAUGUAGGUAAAGAUAUGAUGGAAUAAUAAAUAAUCUAAAUAAUUACUGAUUAUAAUAUUACUUACUAAUAUUAAUUCAUAUUAAUAAAAUCUAAUUAUUCUAUAAAAGAAAAGAAAAAACAGCCUACAUUUAAUGUGUGGCGCCACUACAAAUGUUGGUAUCCAUCUCAUACCAAGUAAAUACAAGGCCAGUAUUGAUACUUUUUUUUCCAAUGUCAUUGAAUGAUAUUGUGAUUUGAUCAUUAUUAUAAUCAGAAUAAAACAUUAUGGGCAAACAAAAAAAAUGAAAGUGUUUUAUAUCAACGCACUUUGUGAACAGUAUUUGAUAUCGCAAUAUCAACAACAUAAUACAAAAUGUAUCCCUUCUAUGUACAUACAGUUAAUUGAGCAAGACAUAAAGUUGAUCGUGCAAAACCAAGUGCCAAAGCAAAAACUAUUGGUUCUCAUUCCAAUCUUUCGGAAUUUUAGCCCCAAAGAGCUUCUAAUUCCAAAAACCUAUUUCCAGAGUUUGUAAACAAUAUGAAAAUAUUUACAAUAUAUUCAAACAACACAACAACAAAAAAUAUGAAAAUUAACUGAAAAAUAUCUGUCAUCAUGCAAGUGUAAUCCGAUAAAGAUACUACUUUACUACUAUACAUAUUUGCAUUGAUCUACCCACCUCUAGCCACUAUUGCCCUCUUUUUCAGUGUGGCCUUAAUCCUGCAAAAUGAUAUUACAAGUUGUGUUUAAUUGUUUUUUUGUGGGCCACAAAUGACCGCACUUUGAACACCCUGCAUAAUGGUAUAAACCUGCAAAACAAAGAGAAAAUAUUUUUGGGGUUUUCUGUUUUGUUAUUCUUAUUAAUAGUGGUGAAUAAAUUAGUUCCUUUUGCUUUAUCAAAAUAAUAGGGAAAUUUGAUGUGUGCUAUAUGCAUAUUUAUAAUAAAGCGGUAGAAAAUGGAUGUAUGGAUAUAUAUACA